AGCAAUGCGAUGCUUAGGUGACAAGUAUAGAUUACGUACUAAUGAAUUUGAAGUCAAUUAUUAUUUUGAAUCUAUUGUUAAUGAAAAGAAUUAAUAUAUUAUUUCCUUGAGCCUCGUUUUCAAAAAACUGGUGCAACGAGAUUUUCAAGGAUAAACGAAUACCAGUUUUAACGAAAACAAAUGAUGCAUCAGACAAAUCAGCUCCCCGGAAAAUAUCUAUAGGAUUCUUCUAAUGGAAAAGCCAUUAAUACAAGAUAAUAAACUGCAUGUUUGUGUAUCGCAUUAUAUUAAAAGAAUGGAUGAGCUGACUGAAGAUUUUAAUACAGCAUUAGAUAACUCUUUUUCCUUACUUAUGUCUUCUGAAAGUGCUGAGAAAACUAGAAGUUGGAAACAUACUUCUCCUUCAAAAUGUGUUUUUAAUCCUACAGCAAGUUUUGUUGUAAAAUCAAGUGCUUUGAGCGAAGAUUCUUGUUCUAGUUUUAGCUUAGACAAUAAAAUACAAUUUCAAAGAGAUUUUUCAACUAAUGGCUCGCAUCAUCAAAGUGAUUCUGAUGAAAUCAGCACACAACAAAAUUACCAGUUGAGAGCUUGGAGGCAUUGUGCUACAAAUAUAGGAGAGUCCGAUUCUGUAAACGAAAAUUUCCACGCAUGUCGAACUCCACGCAGAAAAAGAAAAUUCAAAAGGAUGUCAGUUGAUCCCCCCUCCAUUGUAGAUCAUGACUUUCAGAUAUUAGCGCAAAAAACAAAACGUUUUCGUAACUUUAGGUCUCAGAAACUUUCCAAAAUAUCUUCCAAAUGUAACAAGUUUUCAAAACUUACUGCAUCACAGCUGUCAGUUGAAAUGGAAAACAUUUGCCGAAGUUUUGCUACUGCUGCUUGUGGUAAACGUAAGCGUUGCUCCCAUGAAAGAAAUCCAGAAUGUCAUAGUUACGAUUGCAAAGACUUUGUAACCGAUAAAAUAGCAUCUGAUGAAACAUCUGACAGCUCAAACUUGUGCCAUCAUACGGAUUUUCACAAUGGUAUCACACGUGAUUUUAGCAGCACAGAUAUUAGCUCAAGUGAAAGUGAAUGUGAUGAGCAUAGAGAAGCGGACGAUGAACUUAGUGAUUUUUUCCAAGAACUUGGACCUACUUAUGGUGUGCCUUAUAUUCCUGCAACACUUUUAAAUCCAGAAUGCUCAAAUGAUGCUGAUAUGUUAGAUUCAAGCUUUCAGCCAUUGAUAUCAGAUGUACUUCAGAAUAAAUCUGAGGAAAGAAGAGUAAUUCGUUCAGGGAGGAGAAGAUUGGAGAAAAUGGUAUGUGGAGUUGAAAAUGGAAAUUCAAAAACACAAGUUUGCAUUGCUUUUCCUGCAAAAAAUGAAUAUCAGUGCUUGCCUAUUGCUGGUGAAAAUUAUGUUUUGAAAGUCCCAUCGAAUGACACAAAACGAAGAAAACAAAUGUCUCCUUUAAUGAAUUUUCAUGGUUAUGAGGAUAUUGCUACCCCAGUUUCUGAAUCAAGUAUUAACUUUCGCUUGCUAAAAAAUAUGGGAUGGAAACCAGGAAUGUGCUUAAAUCUAACAGGAAGUGGAGUUGUGUCACCUGCAAAAUCAGUUUUGGGCAGAGAAAAAGAAGAGCUUGAAUUUAAUUUAUGA